AUGGUCUCUGCAGCGGCAUCUCUCUCUAACACACCUCGUUUUACAUCCGUGGCGACCGCGCGAGCAAUACCCGACAAUCACCGCUCGCAUCACCCGAAACCCGGCACCAAGCAAUUCACAAACCCAUGGCCAUCCUUCGGCGAGCGUGUGCCGCCUGUGCAAUUCAUGCUGGGUGCUUUGAGGGGCGAAAUUGGGAGUCGUGUCAAAAUACCUGUGGACGUACAUGAAGGCGUAGGCUGGCAGAAACCCAACUUUGCAUCUGGCAAUGCAGCCUCAACAAAAGUCGCUUGGCUGGGCCAUGCGUCGUGCUAUCUAGAAUUGGCGCGUCCUCCUGAAGCCACGCGCGGUCUGCGUAUUCUCUGUGAUCCAGUAUUCAGCAAUCGCUGCUCGCCUGUACAGUUCGCAGGUCCAAAACGAUUUACGCGCCCAGCUACAACAGUCGAUGAGCUGCCAGAAAUUGAUCUCGUUCUGAUCAGCCACUGUCAUUACGAUCAUCUAGAUGUCGAUACAGUCACUCAACUCAAGAAGCGCUUCCCGUACAUUCGUUUUGCUACUGGACUCGGCAACAAGGCUUGGUUUGAUGCAUGUGGCAUUGAGAGCAUUGAGCUCGACUGGUGGGACGAGAUUGUCUUUGAGAAGCUCAGUCAGAGCGUACGUCUCAGCUUCUUACCUGGCCAGCACUUUGCCAAUCGCGGUCUCAAUGACCAACAGAUGACCCUAUGGGGAUCCUUUUCUAUCGAAGGACAAGACGGCAAACGCAUUUGGUUUGCGGGUGAUACAGGAAGACGUACGAUACCUGCUGCUUUGGAAGGUGCUUCAGAAGCUGAACUCGCGCAUCUACCAAUCUGUCCUGCUCAUGCACAGAUCGGACAAAUGCGUGGUCCCUUUGACUUUGCCAUGAUUCCCAUCGGCGCCUAUCUACCGCGUCGACUCAUGUCGCCUGUGCACAUCAGUCCAAUCGAAGCAGUCGAGGUGUACAAGGAAGUACAAGCGAAGCGCGCUGUGGCAAUUCACUGGGGUACCUUCACACUGGCUGGCGAAGAAGUCUACCAGGCACGCGAAGAGCUCGAGCGGUUUUCAAGGGAGCAAGGUAUUACAGGCUUUGAGAGUUGGAAUAUGGGUGAGAUUAUGGAGGUUUAG